AUGGGUGAUACGAAUGGACCAGGAAAUCGAUUCGAUGGAUUGAAUUGUCCAACUGAUGUGUUGAUCGACAAAGUGACGAAUUGUCUCAUUAUUUGUGAUGAAGGAAAUCGACGAGUCGUACAACGGUCUCGUCUUAGUGACACAACACAAGAAAAAAUUCUCAUCAACGACAUCCAUUGUUGGGGAUUGGCCAUGGAUGAUCAGAGAUAUCUCUACAUCUCUGACACCGCCAAACAUGAAGUAAGACGAUACAAAAUAGAAGACAAUACUGAAACUAUCGUGGCUGGCGGUAAUGGUAAAGGUGAUGCUUACAAUCAACUUAAGCGGCCAACCUACAUCGUUGUCGAUCGACAACAAACUGUCUACGUGUCAGACAACGAGAAUCAUCGUGUGAUGAAAUGGAAUAAAGGUGCAAAAGAAGGAAUUGUCGUCGCUGGGGGUCCAGGCGAAGGGAAUGAUCGGACAAAAUUGUCAAAUCCUCACGGACUGUUCGUCGAUACAUUGGGUACCAUCUAUGUGGCAGACUCCGGGAAUAAUCGAGUGAUGCGUUGGCCUAAAGGGGCGAAACAGGGCACUGUCAUUGCGGGUGGAAAUGAUGAAGGAAACGGAUCUAAUCAGUUGAGCUGGCCCAGGGGUUUGUCCUUCGAUCGACAUGGCAAUCUCUAUGUUGUCGAUUAUAACAAUCAUCGAGUUCAACGAUUUUCAAUUGAAUAGACUCAAACGAUAAUGAGUGUGGGUGUGGAUGUGAGUCUUAUCUCUGAUCACUUUCACAUUCACACUCACACCCAUACCCACACACCCACAUUCACACCCACCCACGCCCCACACCUACAUCCACACACUCACAUCCACUCACAUCCACACCCACCUUACCCCCACACUCUGCACACUCACACCCACACACCCUCAAGAUUGCAUGAAUUUUCCUUUAUUUUAAAAUAAAAUCCAUUUGAAUAAAAUAAAAACAAACCAAAGAAGAUGAGUUCGUUCUUCGUUGAUCACAAAGUUGUUACACUCCAAAAAAAUUACUUUUUUCCUACUAACAGUUGUAGUUCAUCAAAAACAUAUUGAUUGAUUCAUGCCAAAUGAGAAUCAACAUUUAUCUUAUUGUUUCCUUGUGCAAAUUCAAAAUGAAUUGAUUAUUGGUUCCGAGUUGUUCACUUUCAUCGUUCGUCUGUUCUCAUUCACAAUGUCAAAGACGUUUUAAUCAGGGUGUGGGUGUGGGUGUGGGUGUGGGUGUGGGUGUGGGUG